CCGACGACUGCAGUGACAACAACCGUCUCUGAUCAGACCGCACGCACUCUACACCCGUCAACCGUCCUCGGUCGAGCUUUAACCCUCCGUUCAUCGGCGUUACGGUUUCCGACGCUCUUGCCGGUCUCGUUCUUUCUGUUCCGAUAAGUUCUCGUAUUGUUAAUCGUUCCGUUCUAUCGUAACAAGAUUAACCAGAAUGUCGAUGACGACGGGAGAUCCCUCGACUCUGAAAACGCCACCGACGCUCUCGGGUGGCGACCUGGUGUCUCGAUUGCUGGCGGCGACUCCUCCUUACCUCUACAACGUGCCCUUGACUCCGCACAGUUUUUUCUUCAGCGAGAUGCUGCGAUCGUUCGUCCAGGCAAAGGCCGAGGCGUCUUCGGUGGGAAGCGGACCUCCACCCCCGCCACGACGCCGAAAGCGUUCGUGGAGAGACGCCCGAGACGGUAGAGACAGACCGUUGGAACUGACGACGAAGGAACGCCCCCACGAGAAGUACUUCGGCUUGGACGGCCAUUUGGAGCACAAAGGCAAACACUUGACUAUUCAGCACCCGAGUUUAGGCUUUGAAAAUAAGACGACCACUUUCGGCGAGGGUGGCGCGAAAAUUCCGGAGGAUCACCCGCAGGGUAAGCAGGACUUCUGCAGGCACAAAAAUUACUUCGACGAGCGACAAUCCUUCGGUUCGAAUCAUCUGGCGAGCUCCCAGAGCCCAGAGACGUGUUUCCCCGUCGAGCAGAAGGUAAAACCGGAAGAGCUUCCCGGCGGCGAUCAAAAGCUUCAAUUCAACGAGCGCAACUCAGUAGAAAAUCCGGCCAAGUCAUCGGGUGAGACCGGCUUCGCCUCCGACCAUCCAAAGAACAAGCUUGAAUUCUCACCGAGAAACUUCCCCUCGAGUCUCGCGGCGCGUUCCGAGGCUCUGGCCAACCCCCAGAACUUCGGUCUCGCCUCCGACGCCCCGAAUCCCGACUUCCUUCCGGCCCCGAUGUGGUACCCGCCGUAUCCGAUGCCCCAGUCGUACCCCGGGCUAGACCCGCUUCAUUUCUUCAUCGACCUCCGCGUAUCCGGUCACAUUUGGGACCGCAAACUGCAGGCGGAGAGGCAGCCGUCUUUCAAGAGCAAGCACACCUCCGCCUUCAACGUUCCCCAGUCGAAGGAGUACAACCGGCCGUUGAAUCUCACCCGGGACGAGGCGUCGAGCUCAAGGACGAAGGACGAAAACUCCAAGGGGACUCAUUACAUUUUGAAGAACUUGACCAAGACUUACAAGGGUAUUCGCGGCGCUGACAAGACCUUGGAAACCUCGAGGAUCCUCAAAUCUGGGGAAGAAAUUGUUACCGGCGAAGCCAGCGGAAGACCCAGAAGCGCGGACGCCAGUCAGUCGGAGAACAAAAACGACGACAAGAAGGAUAUUCGAGCUCUUAUCGGCCUGGAGCUUGUCGUAGACUACGUCAAGGAUCCGAAGGAUGCAGCGGGGGGUAAAAAUUCACCUGAAAUUUCCGAGUGAGCUAGUAGCUGCAGUCUAUAAUGAAAAGAAACUUGAGCUAAAAUCAAGCGCUGAAAUAUUUUGGCGAAUUAUAAUAUCAGUAUUCGUAACUUUUACCUGUACCAUACCUAUAAUAUAGCGAUGUAACACCGAAAUCGUAUAAAGUCGUAUUUACAUUAA